UUUAGGGUUUUUAGAAAGUUGCCCCUGUCGCGCACCAUACCCUCCCUCCUCCUCCACAUACCUGGGUGCCAGGUGUAGUACGGAGUACCCUCCUGCUUGGCUCCGCAAUUGCCUCUCACCAGACCCCGUCUAAGACAUGGCCUGCCUUAUCGCCCGCAGCAAGCCCUGACCCACGAUGCUUGAGCACUCGCCAGACAAUUGUCGCCCAUGGCUAUUUCUGGACGCUCGCCGCUUCAGAACGUGAUCGGCCCAGCGACCACCCUGGCAGCCUGGUGUCCCCCAUCUGUCGGUCGACACUGGCGUCGUCAGUACAAACCCCGUUGUCCAAGGUGGGUACCUACUGACAUGCACAGCAAACAUUGUAAGUCAUUGACCUAUGUUAUGCUGUGCAGUGGCGCCUUCCUUGGGGUGACGUCAACCCACAGUCAUGUUGGCGACAACGCUGCGCAAGCUGCUGCGGAAGCUGCAACAAACCUGGGGUCCAAGCCGCCUUGUGACGUUCCGUAGGAGAGAAGCAGCUCUGCUCCGCCUUCAUCUUUACCACCAGCGGAACAACUUCUCCGGACGUCAAGGGUCGGUGUGACCAUGGGGUUGAGUACAUGUAGAGGACGGGCCUGCUCUCUAGUGUCGACGGCAAACACCCAACUUCGUUGGACCUCAUAACACUCCCUACCUGAGACCUCCUCGAACAAGAAAACCUUGGCGACAAUUACCCAUACUGAACAGCCCUACUCGAUCCUUGUGUGACUCUACUGCACUUAAACGUAUCCUUAUCCUGUCGCACCCUCCGUCAGGUGAAGCCAGUAGAGACAGCACCAUGGAAGCUACCAACUUUGCAAACCGCCACGACAUGCUGGGGGUCGGAACCCACACGUCUCCUACACACGAUCAUGCCACGCGCCAGACCAACGAUAUAUACGAGAACACCGUGAGCCCAGGACCAACGCUGCGCGGGGGGUCUGGCACCAAGACUCGUGACUUCGCACAAGGGCAAGACCCAGGAAACAACUCCUCUUCGCCCAUCCAUAGUUCCGCCCAGCAGGCAAGGACGAAUACCGUCCAGGCCACUGAGAUAGGCGACCCAGAUGGCCGCAUCCCCACUGCCCAGCAGACACAUCACCAGCUGGGCGCUGCUCGAGAUGCCCUGGCUUCCGUGCGGAGGAACAACCCCAACGCUUCGUCCACCACCACCACCCACGGCCUACCUCGCCCCCAAACGGGCGCCACAGACGCCGGCGUGCCAACUUCUCAGCGCGCACAUCGAAACAGCAACUACGCUCCCGGCUACGAGGGCGCCGCCGACGCCGUCAAGCACAAGUCGCACAACGCCCAAGACCAUCGCCCGUCCAUCCUUGCCCAUGAGCCUGUCACCCCUUUGACCGAGGUGCCGCCAGACCUGGACGGCACUACUGAAGAGGCCGCAGGCCCUCCAAGCAGAGCACCGGGGGCGAUCCCCGGUCCGAGUAUUGGCCAGAAGGCCAAAGCUCAUCUUGACAAGAUCCAUGGUGCUGGAGAGGUGCUCCGGGGAAACCUUGCUGCCGCCGCCGACAGCUUGACCGGAGACAAGGACAAGCAGGCUGAGGACGAGGGCGUCGUGAGGAGAGGCCAGGAGGAGUUCACGAACGGAAGGUUUGACAGGGGCCAGACGUCGCAGGUCGAGCACUAGAAGAGGGAACCCGGUCCUGAUCCCGGUAGAAGCUAUAUACAAAGGAUUCAGGGUUUCUUUGCUUGGGUUCAUGGCGCUGGAGAAGCUGUCCGCGGCAGGAUCAACGCGUGCGUCGCCGAGUUGGUCGGGGACGCAUCGACUCGGGAUAUCGAAGAGGAGACGGCGAGGAGAGGCAAGAGGGAGAUGAUCAACCAAAAACGCGAGUGGGCACCGUCACCCUAGAUCACGAGGACAAAGGGGGUGGUAGAAGGAGGGAGAGAAGUCACGCCUCCGACAUGUCAACCCUCUUAGCCAACAGAUAUACCUAACAGGCUGUGAAUGGAGGUUAUAGCAGGGAAAUCGACCAGGCGGUGUAUUGUGGUAACUGUCUCGGUGCUGAAUCAGACUCGAUCACUACCUACCUACCUAGGUACCUAGGUACACCUGCUCAUUUUACACACCUAGAGCCACAAUUACAUCUUACUCAAGCUCG